UAUAUAAGCAAAGGUUUGACCCUUUCAAAGUUGGGCAACCCCUACAUUGGCACUGGUGAACAGGCUCUGAUCCCAAGGACUGUUACCUCUUUCUUUUCUUCUGUGCAGACCGUGUUACAAAGGCAACCAUGACGAAGAACUGCCACAACGACUACAAGAUGAAGUUCAAGACGGAGGAGGAAUACCCUGACCUCUCCCUGCACAACAACCACAUGGCUAAGGUGCUGACCAAGGAACUGUAUGCCAAGCUGAGGGACAAGUCAACCCCCAGUGGCUUCACCCUGGAUGACUGCACCCAGACCGGAGUGGACAACCCUGGCCACCCCUUCAUCAUGACUGUGGGCUGUGUUGCUGGUGAUGAAGAGUCCUAUGAGGUCUUCAAGGACCUGUUCGACCCCAUCAUCUCCGACCGUCAUGGCGGCUACAAGCCAACAGACAAGCACAAGACCGACCUGAACUUCGAGAACCUGAAGGGUGGUGAUGACCUGGACUCAAACUACGUCCUGAGCAGCCGCAUUCGCACCGGCCGAAGCAUCAAGGGAUUCACCCUGCCCCCCCACAACAGCCGUGGCGAGCGCAGAGCCGUCGAGAAGCUGUCCAUUGAGGCUUUGAACAACCUGGACGGAGAGCUGAAGGGCAAGUACUACCCCCUGAAGGACAUGAGCGACAAGGAGCAGGAGCAGCUGAUCGCUGACCACUUCCUGUUUGACAAGCCCGUGUCCCCCCUGCUGCUGGCUGCUGGCAUGGCCCGUGACUGGCCUGAUGCAAGAGGCAUCUGGCACAAUGACAACAAGACCUUCCUGGUCUGGGUGAACGAGGAAGACCAUCUGCGUGUCAUCUCCAUGCAGAAGGGCGGCAACAUGAAGGAGGUCUUCAAGCGCUUCUGCACCGGCCUGCAGAAGAUUGAGGGCAUCUUCAAGAAGCACAACCAUGGCUUCAUGUGGAACGAGCAUCUGGGCUACGUUCUGACCUGCCCCUCCAACCUGGGUACCGGCCUCCGUGGUGGUGUACACGUCAAGCUCCCCAAGCUGAGCACACACCCCAAAUUCGAGGAGAUCCUCACCAGGCUCCGUCUGCAGAAGCGUGGCACAGGCGGUGUGGACACUGCUUCUGUGGGUGGCAUCUUCGACAUCUCCAACGCUGAUCGCCUGGGCUCCUCGGAGGUCCAGCAGGUGCAGCUGGUGGUUGAUGGCGUGAAGCUCAUGGUCGAAAUGGAGAAGAAGCUGGAGAAGGGCGGCACCAUCGAUGACAUGAUCCCCGCCCAGAAGUAAAGUCGGAAAUACACUCUUUUUUUAUAUCACAAAACAGCAAUGGAACACGCAGGAGAGCACACAAGACUGCAGCUCUGUCCAUCCCCACCCCCUCUCCUGAAUCUGCUCCUUUCUUUCCAGAAAGUUAUUUCUCUCCGUCCUCUCUCUUCAUCUACCUAUUCCACUUCCUUCCUUUCUUUUUCUCCACUCAUCCUUCCUGUUCUGUAACAUCCUGGGAUCAAACCACCACAUAGUCAGAUGCCUUCUGGCUUUGUGUUUUCACCGAAAUUUGAAUUUCUUUGGUUGUAUAAAGUAAUUAAUUCAAUAAAUCUCGCCCCAUAAAACAA